CAAGCGGAAAAGGGCGUGUGAAGGAUCCAGCAUUGCAAUCGCGACACAGACAAAGAGAUUGGGAAGGAUCGCAAAUGGAAGCCGUUCGCAUUAAGGAAGAGGACGAGAAACCGGGAUCGGAGUCGGGAAACACGGCCGAUGACGUGGCGGAACUCGGGUUCGUCCAUGUCGUGGAGGACCCCGGCGAUCCGGAAGAAGAGCUGCGAUCGCACCCCGGCGAGGCCUCCGAAACGACCUCGCCCGAAGUCUCGGGGGAGACCUCCGGGCGGGAACGCUGUCGGCCCCUCGCGGGCCUUCCGUCGUCUUCCCCAGAGAGCGGGUCCACCCCCGCCGACUGCGGAAAAUCCUUCCCUCAGCUGGGAACGUUUCGCCGACACCUCCGCAACCACUCGGGAGAGAGACCCUACCCGUGCCCCCAGUGCGGGAUGACCUUCUGCCAGCGAGGCAGCCUGAAGGAACACCUCUGCACCCACACCGGAGAAAAUUUUUACCACUGCCCGGAAUGCGAUGCCGGCUUCACCCAAGCACAGGCUCUGAAAACGCACCGGCGGACUCACGCCGGGAAAAAACCUUACCGCUGCGCCGACUGCGGCAAAGAUUUCAGCCAGCUGGGCACUUACAAGCAGCAUCGCCAGAUCCACUCGGAGGAGGACAAAAUCUACCACUGCGGGGAGUGCCGGAGAACCUUCCGGAGCUCCGGCAGCCUGGAAGCCCAUGGGCGAGUCCACAGCGCAGCCGGGAAGCCGUUUCGGUGCAGCCAGUGCGGAAACGGCUUCGCCAGGCUGGUGACGCUGAAACAGCACCUGCAGAUCCACUCCGGGGAGAAGCCUUACCACUGCGUGGAAUGCGGGAAAAGCUUCUGUCAGUCGGGGCACCUCCGGAGGCACCAGCGCACGCACUCCGGGGAGAAGCCCUUUGUUUGCCUGCAGUGUGGGAAGAGGUUCAGCCAGUCCGGGAGCGUGAGGGAGCACGAGAGGGUUCACACGGGGGAGCAGCCUUAUCAGUGCGCCCGCUGCGGUAAGAGUUUCAGCCAGCUGGGGAACCUGAAGGAGCACCAGAGGGUCCACACAGGGGAGAAGCCGUACCAGUGCAUCGACUGCGGGAAGAGUUUCAGCCAGUUUGUGAACCUCAAGGAGCACCGACGGCUGCACACCGGAGAGAAGCCAUUCCACUGCCAAGGCUGCCAGAAAAAUUUCUCCUACAGCAGCCAGCUCAAGGGUCACAAGUGUCGAUUCGGGGAGUAUUACCGCUGCCCCGAAUGCGGGAAGAAUUUCAAUCACGCGGGCCACCUUCGCCGGCACUGCAGGAUCCACACCGGGGAGAAGCCGUACGGGUGCCCUGACUGCGGGAAGAGCUUUACCCAAGCUGGGCACUUGAAAAAACACAGACGGGUCCACACCGGAGAGACUCCUUACCACUGCCCCGACUGCGAGAAGUCCUUCAAGCACUUGGACGGGCUCAAGCAACACCGCCCCACCCACACCGGGGAGAAACCUUACAGCUGCCCAGAGUGCCUCAAAACCUUCAGCCGCUCUGAGCUGCUCAAAAACCACAGCCGGGUUCACACGGGGGAGAAGCCGUACCGCUGCUCCGAGUGUGGCAAGAGCUUCGGGGAUUUGUGGAACUGCAAGAAGCACCGGCUCAUUCACACGGGAGAGAAGCCCUAUCGCUGCGCCCAGUGCGGGAAGAGCUUCAGCCAGAGAGGGACCCUGAAGAGGCACGGGCGCAUUCACACCGGGGAGAAGCCCUAUCGGUGCGCCCAGUGCGACAAGAGCUUUACUUUCGAUAACCAGCUGAAGAAUCAUAAAUGCCAGGCGCGGGAAAGCCCUGUAGAGAGAAUCCAAUCGGGACUGAGGGAGAAAUCUAGCCAUUCGUCCAAUUUGCAGUCCGGGGUUGAACUCUCAGAAAGGAAUUUUGGGUGGAAGAUGGAGCCCGUGCCUGUCAAGGAAGAGGCGAACCCCGAAACAGAACCUCUCCCCGUUACAGAACCCUCCGAAUCCGUCUGGCCACAAGAGGAGCCCCCCGAGGCCGUCGCCUGCAUCAAACCGGAAGAGAUCGAAGCCGUAAUAAUUAAAGAGGAGACACUGGAAGAGGACGAACCCGAUCGCUGGGGAGGACCCGUCUCACAAGCUCCUGAAACACCGCUGCUGCUGCCGGUGAUUUCGGACCUGGUGAAAGACGCCAAAUCUGCCAGCGUCUCUCGGGCCUCGCACCAGUGCCCCGAUUGCGGCCGGACUUUCAACCACACUGGGAAUUUUAAGAGGCACCAGCGAAUUCACACCGGAGAGACGCCGUACUGCUGCUCCGACUGCGGGAAGAGUUUCCGGCAGUCGAUACACCUGAAAGAGCACGUGCGGAUUCACACGGGGGAGAAGCCGUACGGCUGCCGGGCUUGCGGGAAGAGCUUCGCCCAGCUGGCCACGCGGAAGGAGCACGAGCGUCUUCACACGGGAGAGAAGCCUUACCGGUGCAGCGACUGCGGGAAAAGCUUCCGACAGAUGGGGAACCUCAGGACGCACAGGAGGACUCACGACGCUGCGGCCGCCAAACCCUACCCUUCCUCCGGAUGUCGGAAAACCUUCCCCCUGUCGGUCGGCCUCCGAGAGCACCAGCUGGCUCACUCCUCAGAAAACCCGAACCCUGAAGGCCCGGCGGUCUCAGGCAGGGAAGGUGAAUGGGCGACCCCCGCGGAUCGAAAGCCCAUCGCAUGCGGCGACUGUCCCAAAGUUUUCGGGAAUGUCAGAAACCUCCAGAGACACCGGCGGAUUCACACCGGGGAGCGGCCCUACAGCUGCCCGGAUUGCACCAAGGUUUUCCGGCAUUUAAACGGACUCAAGAACCACCGGCGCGUUCACACGGGCGAGAAACCCUACCCCUGCCCGGACUGCGAGAGACGGUUCAGCCAGGCCGUGCAGCUCAAGGAACACCGCCGAAUUCACACGGGAGAGAAACCUUACACCUGCUCCCGCUGCGGGGCCAAGUUCCGCCACUUGGGAAACUUUCGGAAGCAUGAGCAUCUCCACACGGGACCCCCCGUCUCCUGCCAGGACUGCGGGAAAACGUUCCGCCACCCGGACAGCCUCCGGAAGCACCUCCAGCUUCACGCGGGGCUCCUCAAGCCCUACCCCUGCGGGGUCUGCGGGAAGGUUUUCCGGCAGCUGGGGAAUUUGAAGCAGCACCAGAGGAGCCACACUGGGGAGAAGCCCUACCUGUGCCCCGAGUGCGGGAAGCGGUUCGCGCAGCUGGGUUCGUGUAAGGAGCACCAGAGGCUGCACUCUGGGGAAAAGCCACACGCGUGUGCGGAAUGCGGGAAGAGCUUCCGGAAGCUGAAUGCGCUGAAGGCGCACCAGCGCGUUCACACGGGAGAGAAGCCGUACAGCUGCGAGGAGUGCGGGAAGAGCUUCAGCCAGCAGGGGCCGCUCAAAACGCACCAGCGCGUUCACACGGGAGAGAAGCCGUACAGCUGCGAGGAGUGCGGGAAGAGCUUCAGCCAGCAGGGGCCACUCAAAACGCACCAGCGCGUUCACACGGGAGAGAAGCCGUACAGCUGUGAGGAGUGUGGGAAGACCUUUGCUUCUUCCAAGCACCUGAAAACUCAUAAAUGCCAGAUCUGAAUAAGGUCUGGAGUCGUGCUGUCGCUCUAUUAUUAUUAUUAUUAUUAUUUAUUAAUUAGUCAUUUAGCAGAUGCUUUUAUCCAA